AAACGGCUUCUUAUCCGCAUCCAUGUAAAUACUGUGUGAAACGCUCUCUGUUACAUCGCUUUGUUAAAGUUGUUGUUCUGCCUCGAACAACAUGUAGGGUUAAACAAAACAUACCGACUUUAUCCAGAAAAGCGACAAUGCUAUUAAUUCCAUCGUUUGUUGUCUUCGCACUGCAGGCUUCCACGCUGACUUCUGGUCUACCGUUUCGCCCGGCAUUUCAUAUUCGUACUACAGACGAUGGGAACGCUUUGGGAUGGAAUCGUUUAAGCCAUUUGCGUGUUUCAUCAACAUGCGCUCCCGAUGCGCAGUGCAUGUGGCCGGCACAUUCGGGGUCGUCGCUCUUCCGGCUGUUCCGCGGCCGGCGAUCCAUUGCACGCAUUGGUCCCGAGCUGAUGCUGCCGUCGCUGAGUAUUGCCGGCUGGGACACCGGUCAACUGCCGACCGGACCCUUCGCAUCGUAUGGACUGCCCUGGAAUACGAAACCGUUUGACACGACCUUUGCUGUUCGCCGCGGACCAGGAGGAUUCACCAACAAAAUACCGGGAACACGACUGGCUUUGCGUCCGCUGCAGGUGUUCGUGAAAGUCUACGACAAGGAAGGGGAAGAGUACAGUGUUACGGUGUCGUUACGUCCGCAGAUGUCGAUUUCCGAUGCUCUGUACCAGGCAUCGGCCAUGUUCCGUGACAAGCAUCCUAAAUCAAAGAUCAAUCCCUUUUUGAUAAGUAUUAACAGUCCCGAUGACAGGAGCGAAGACUGCGGUGAAAUUGUGCAAGUUGGCCCGUGGCCCAAAUCACCGGAUGGAGUGUGGAACGUUGUCGUCAAGGAUAGCAAAGGCCGUUUGGUCACAGUAGAAGCGUGCUUCGAAUCCCUGAUGAAUACCUUUGUUUAUCCGGGAUAUAUUAUUAGUGUAAAGCACGCGCUGGUGGAAGACCGAAUAAAUGAAUAAUACCGCACAAGCCUGCACUUCACGAUGGAAGAAAAGCCUUCUGAUGCUGGUUUUCUACUACUUUGUACCUACAAAUUUGUUAUGAAAGUAAUUGCAGUAUGCGUACCAUAAAUUCUUAAUACAUUUUUUCAACCAUACUGUUUGAAGUAAUAAUUUUUCCUGUGCAGUGAUAUAAUGCUGUGGAUGUUUUGUGAAAGCAAUAAGUGUCAGUUGUGGUACACAAUUUAAUACCGCGAAGGGCCGCACAUCGUGUAUUUGCUAAUAAUUAUAAGGCUAAUUCAGCAGAGGUACAUAAUAAUCCCAGUGGUGCUGUGAAAUUUGCUUAUACUCCUGAUCAAUUUUGUUAUGCAAACUUGCAGUUUCGUUGGCGUAAGGAAUAAAGU